AUGGCUUCCCAGGUCCAACCGGGCCAGAAACCCAAGAUCCAACCUUGUCGGUAUAAGACUGGAAAGACCUUAGGAGCAGGCUCCUACUCGGUGGUCAAGGAAUGCGUGCAUAUUGACACUGGUCAAUACUAUGCGGCGAAAGUGAUAAAUAAGAGACUGAUGGCCGGACGAGAACAUAUGGUCCGAAAUGAGAUCGCGAUCUUGAAGAAAGUGUCUAUGGGACAUCAGAAUAUCUUGACUCUGGUGGAUUACUUCGAGACUAUGAAUAACUUAUAUCUUGUUACGGACCUCGCGCUGGGUGGAGAGCUCUUUGAUCGCAUCUGCCGUAAGGGCAGCUACUAUGAAUCCGACGCCGCUGAUCUGAUCCGCGCCAUCUUGUCCGCCGUCGCAUAUCUCCACGACCAUGGCAUUGUGCAUCGCGACUUGAAACCGGAGAACCUGCUCUUCCGCACACCAGAAGACAAUGCGGAUCUGCUAAUUGCAGACUUCGGUCUGUCUCGGAUCAUGGACGAGGAGCAAUUCCACGUCCUCACAACAACAUGCGGCACACCCGGCUACAUGGCGCCUGAAAUCUUCAGCAAACGUGGGCACGGGAAGCCAGUCGACAUCUGGGCCAUUGGCGUAAUCACCUACUUCAUGCUCUGCGGCUACACGCCCUUCGACCGCGACUCCAACCUCGAAGAAAUGCAAGCCAUUCUCCGCGCAGACUACUCCUUCACCCCAAUAAAACACUGGCGCGACGUCUCGCAAACCGCCCGCGACUUCAUCAAAGCCUGUCUCACCGUCGAACCCUCCCAGCGUAUGACGGCCCACUCUGCCCUCCAACACCCCUGGGUGAACCCGCCCUACGGGAAGAGCGAAGCCCUCGGCGCAGGACAGGACCUCCUCCCCACCGUGAAGAAGAAUUUCAACGCGCGUCGCACGCUCCACAAGGCCAUCGACACCGUCCGCGCCAUCAACAAGCUCCGCGAGAACGGCGGGCUCAUGAUGGAUGGUAUGAUGAGCGUUGAUCCGAAGCCCGAGCAGGUGAAUGGGAGUGAGGUCUUUGAGGAGCAACGGCACCAGCAGCAGGGUCCUGCGCCGGGCUACGGUGGUGGUGGUGACCCGAUGGAUAUCGAUAGUCGGGGUAAUGCGCGCGGGCAGACGGAGCACCAGAUUCGUGAGCAGGAGAGGAAGGUCAAGGAGACUGUUGCUGGGUUGUGGAGUAAGAGGUAG